AUGGAAAUAGGCGGCUGGAAUAUAGGCCCUCUGUUUCCUAUGUGGCUUCAAACUCAGAAGAUGAUAACGCAAGUUGACAUAUCAGGUGGUGGAAUACAAGUUGGAAAUGAAGAUGCUCCUUGGUUAAUGUACUUGGGUUCCAACAAAUUUAGCGGGCCACUACCGUUGAUUUCAACCACUGUAGCUGAGCUAGAUCUUUCGAACAAUUCUUUUUCGAAAGGUUUAUCUCACUUUUUGUGUGAAGCAAAAAAUGGAUCUUAUAAAUUGGAGAUCUUAAACCUCGGGGGAAACUAUUUAUCAGAAGAAAUUCCUGAUUGUUGGAUGAAUUGGCUAGGGUUGACAGUUUUAAUCAUGAGGGACAAUAACUUGAUUGGAGGCAUACCAAGAUCCAUGAAGGUUUUGACUGAUUUGCGAUCCUUGGACUUCCGAAGAAAUAGACAUAAUGGUCCAUUUUCUUCAUCCUCGGAAAACUGCACAAAACUGAAUAAAAUAGAUUUAGCUGAGAAUGGGUUUGUUGGACAAUUACCAGCUUGGUUGGGAAUGAGGUUUCCAAUCUUGAUAGCCCUUAUCCUUCGGUCCAAUAAAUUCGAUGGUGAAUUUCCUCAAGAACUUUGUCACCUCAAAGAUCUUCAGAUCUUAGACCUCGCAAACAAUACAUUCGGUAGGAUCAUACCGAGGUGUAUUAGCAAUUUCAGUGCAAUGGUCAAAGGAAAAAAGGUAUUGGAUGAUGAUAUGUACUUGUAUGGUUAUUAUUAUCAGACGCCUGAGAGAGAGUGUAGCGGUAUGAUACCGUUGAGCACUCAACUUCAAAGCUUUGAUCCCAUGAGUUUGCAAGGAAACAAAUUUUACGGGCUUCCACUCGUAGUGAACUGCAAUUUAGGUGGUCCAGUUCCUAAUGUUGAGUAUGAUGAAGAUGAGAGUGACAAAAAUGAAGUGGAUUGA